GCGCCAGCACAAAGGGGCCGCCCAGGCCCAAGCUGGGAGCAGCUGCCCGCCUCGCCCCGCCCCUGCACACCCCUCGGCGCUGGCAGAGUCUGUCUGUCUCCUUGACUAGCUCUCCCGCCUCUCCCCGCACUCCUUCCUCUCCCUGUCUCUGGAGCCUGAGCUCCUGGGCCUGCUCGGUCCUCUUGCUUCAGUGCUAGACGGGCCCUGAACCGGUUGCUCACUGGACAGACAGACCUGCAGACCAGCUGACCCUGGAGAGGAGCCACAGCCCUCAGAGCCCGUCACUAUGGACCCCCAGUCUUUGGAUGGAGCCAUCCAGCAUGCACUAGCAGGCCUCUAUCCCCCCUUUGAGGCCACAGCACCCACUGUCCUGGGUCAAGUGUUUCGUCUCCUGGAUUCUGACUUCCAAGGAGAUGGGCUGAGUUUCCUCCUGGAUUUCCUGAUCCCCGCCAAGCGCCUGUGUGAGCAAGUUCGAGAAGCUGCCUGUGCACCCUACUCGCACUGCCUCUUCCUGCACUCGGGCUGGCCGCUGUGCCUGCGGGAUGAGGUGGUGCUCCACCUGGCGCCCCUCAGCCCCCUCGCUCUGCGCCAGGGGGACUUCUACCUCCAGGUGGAGCCGAGGCAGGAGCAGUCUGUCUGCAUCAUGCUCAAGUGCCUCUCCUCGGACCUAUGCACAGUGGCCACAAAGCCCGUCCCGGUGUCAUCCUACCCCACGCUCUUCACUGCAGCCUGGCUGGAGUCCAUCAAUGGUGCCUCAGAGGGGAGUCCCCUGCGCCAUUGCCUGGUUGCCUCUGAAGAUGGCAUUGUUCCUGUGCCCUGGACCAAGAUCACCAGCCCGGAGUUUGUGGAUGACAGACCCCGAGCUCUGAAUGUCCUCUCCCCGGUCUGGGGUUCCCUGCGAUUAGAGGCUCUGGAUCUGAGCAGCCCUCAAGAACUGCACCAGGCCAGGUCCCCAGGUGGCCUGGUGCUUCCUACCCAGAGCUUGGUCAAGCGAAAGGACCACACACAUAGGGACAAGUACCCAGGACUCAUCAAGGUGGAGCAAACCAGGCCUGGGGAGGUGGCUUUCCAGGUGGAUAAUGUGACCACCCAGGACAUGGAGGGUGACUAUGUGGCUCUCCUUGACUUCUCCCUGGAAAGUGGGAGAGGGUCCCCCAACAAGGGGGUGAAGGCGUUCAGCGGGUGUCCUCUGGGCAUGCUGGAGGAGCUCUCCAGGACUAAGGAAACCCCUUUCUCUCACAGCACACUGCCUCUCUCAGGGAUUGGCAGGGAGCCUCCCUCAGAAACACAGGAUUGUGCAAAGCCAGCUGAUGGCUUGGAGGAAGAGCCUUGCACUUUGAGCUUGAGGAGAAAGAUCGAUCAUGAAGCUCCCACUUACAUCUCUGAAUGUCUGCCCCAAGAGCCCUACCAAGACACUGUUGUAAACCCUCUUUCUGAUGCCACUGACCACGGGACAGGUGUUUCAGAACUAGCUGCCUCCAGGACACAGGGCCCUCUGGGAAGCCCAGAGAAUGUGACCCAACACAGGCCUGAACCCAAGAAAGCAUCCUCUCCCCACCUGUGUCCAGCUUCUCUGCUUGCUACUCUUACCCCUGAAGCCAAGAUGGAGAAGAAAACCAGUGAAGGCAGUGGGAGACUCACCAAGCCUGUGACUGGCCCCAGUCAGAGCUCUUCCUCUUCCAGACCCUCCACUCCUGGGCUCAAUUUCCCGUUCUUGAAAGGACAGAGACAAGACUUCCUGGGCCCAGAGAAAGCCUCGCUCCAGCCUGAUAGGCCCUGGAAAGUUCUGUGUUCCUUCUACUCCCCUAAACUCAAUCGAGCUAAGCGCUUAGGGAAAGCUGGAACAACUCAGAGCAGAACAUCUGGCUUGGCUGCUGACUCAGGCCCACUGAAUGGGGAGAAGGCUGACUUCCCAGAAGCUUCUGCAGGCCCUCCAGAGAGCAACCUCACUCUGGAUGAGGAGUCCCGGGGGCCUGAGCUCACUAUUGGGGCUCUGAGCAUGGAGCUCUUGCACUCCAGGAUAGCAUGCCUGCCAGGUGGACAGGACAGGGCUGGGCAGCCCCUGCUUCUAGUAUCGACCACUGAGGGGACUUGGGGGACCCCAUGGUGCACAGCAUCAGAGGUCACCAAGCUGCUGUGCUACCUGUGCACUAUCCCCAGGUCUGAAGAUAAAACCAGGGGGCUGACGGUGGUGAUGGAUGCCAGGAAACUACUCCCACAGCCUGCUCUGAUCAGCGCCCUGCAGGCGGCCCAGGCUCUGGUCCCAGCCUCCAUCCGGACUGUGCUUUUCCUGGGGGAGAAGGAGGCUGCCCUCCAGCUAGAGACAAUACCUGACAUCCAGGUGGAGGUGCUGGCCUCACUGAAGGCCCUCAACCAUUAUGUGGACCCCAGUCAGCUGCCCCCAGCCCUGGAAGGCCCCUUCCCCUACUGCCACAGCGAGUGGGUGCAAUUCUUUCAGAAGCUGGACCCUUUCCUUGCUGAGCUUCGCCAGGCCUGCUCACUGCUUCAGGUUUUCAUCAAGGAAUUUGAAGAGUUUGAAAAGGGAGACCCCGCUGGAGGGGUAAAGGAGGCUGAGAGGUACCUGAGCAAGUCCAAGGAGCGGAUGGAAGCUGUGCUAAGGGACCCAGGCCUACUGAGCCUUCAGCAUGAUGGUGGGACCACCCUGGCCAGACUGCAGCAGGAGGCUGCCAGGCUGGACUGUAACCCCCAUGUCAGGAGCCAUCUGGCUGAAGCCACUACCCUGUAUGCCCUCAUGGAUGAACGCCUGCAUGUCCUGGUCAAAGCAUCGAACCAUGUGCUAGGGAAGAUGGAGCUCCGGGUCCGCCUGUGCCACUUGGAAACUGCCGUCCGCCAGGUCAGCGAGUGGAUGGAGCAGGAAGAACGCCAUCGACUGCCAGUACUGACCCUCAAGGAUGGGAGCUUGGAGUCGGUGGAGAAAGCCCAACUGGAGUUUGAGGACUUCUUCCUUCAGGCUGCUGCCCAGUACCGCCGUGGCCUGGAGCUGUCCAAGCAGGCAGCCCAACUAGGCGCCACAGAUGGAGGGGUUAGCGAGGCAGGAGGAAGUGAGGAGCUGGCGGCUUUCACCGCCUCCCAGCAGGCCUUCCAGGCCAGGCUGACCCACUUCUACAUGGCAGCCGAGCGGCAACGCACUGACCUGGAAACGCUGCUCCACCUUCACCGCUUCUGCAAGAAGAUAACCUGGUUCCACAUGGACUGUCAGGACCUGAUGAGCCAGCUCAGGCUCAGCAAGGCCCAGAAGGCCAGCCCAGGGGCCCAGCGCCGCCUCCACCGCUACCUGCGGCGCCUGGCGUCCGAGUUCCCCGCUGAGAAGCUGGUGGCCAUAGGGCUGCAGGCAGCCUCCCUGAGCCGGACAGACCUUGGCCAGGACCUGUGGGCAGAGGCCCGGCUGAGACACCAGGAGAUCCAGACCCUGCUGGAGAAGGCCUCAGCCCACUGCCCCUGUCCCGCAGGGCCUGCCGCCCACCCUGCACCCCGGGACUCUCAAAGGGCAGCUGCCAGGGGGCAGGGUGGGGCAGGGGGAGCUGCUUCUGGUGGGAGAAGGAAGCAGCAUCUGCAGGCCUCACCAGGUCUGGACCCUUCCCUACCACAGCCCUGCUGGUCUUCUCAGAGCCCCAGAGAUGGGCAGAGAAGACCUUUCCAGAGAGGGCCUGUACCCCGGGAAGCUGGCCUAACUGAUGAUACCAAAGUCCCCCAGGAGGUCCUGGAUCCUGCCCCUGAGCGCCCACUUGCCUCCUUCUUCUCCUGGCAGCGGCUCCUCCUUAGGCAGGGACGUGGUCUCCACCUCACAGGGGGCAGUUUCUCCUCAGAGGGAACAGACUCACAGACAUCACUGGAAGACUCCCCUCAGACCAGUCCCCCUGCCUCCCUCUAGCUGGGAGCGCCCACCAGUCACAUCAGACUCAGGGCAUGAAUGGCCAGGGUUCACUGGGCUUCAGAGGGGGGUGGGGGAGCCCUGGGAUAUCCCACUGGCAUUCCCACCCCAGAUUGCCAUGUGUGGAGGGCUUGUGCUGGGGGUCAGCAUGCGGGACUGAAAGUCUGCAUCUGCUCCUGGAGGCAGGAGGCUGGAACGACCUAGAAAAGAGAGAGGCUCUGUAGCCUGGGUCCCUGGUCUCGCUGGGCAAAAGGCUGUGGGUCCUUGGGGGGAUGGGUGUCACUCUCUGGCAGGACAGAUACCCCACUGGAGCUCAGGGCUGUGAGACCUUCAUGGACCUGAAUGCCCUCACAGGGGACCACACAGUGUGGGGAGAUUUGGGAGUGACUCAGGGCCACUGAGGGCGUCAGGGAGACAGACCUUGAGAGCAUUGCUUCCUGCAUGGUGGGGACCUCAGGAAACACUGGUAGAAGAGCAAAGGUGUGAGGUGAGGGUAGGGGGUGGGGGAAAGGGUGGGCAUGAAGAAGCAAGUGAAAUGUAUUUUGUUAUUCUGUUGACCUAGGGCAGAGACACAGGUGGGAGGCUGGCCAGAGCACAUGCCCAGAAGGGGUGAAUACAGUGCUCAGACAAAACUGCAGGGUAUUAUCCUUGUGCUCCAGCGAGAGCCCUCUUCUCUCCCAUGUUCCUGUGCUUCCCUGCUGGGAUUUCGACCCCUCCCCCUGCAGUGGCCUUCUCUGGCACAGUCUCUGGUGCCCAGUGUCACAGGGUUCUGCUCAGGCUUAGGACAAGUGUGUCCUGUCUGCCUUACCAGCAUGGGCUCUGAUGGCCUAGUUCUGGAAUUUUCUAGACUCUAAGGAAAUGAGUGGGAUAUAUCUUCCUGGCCUCAAAGGACAAAAAGGUCUUCUCAGGAACCAUCCUCAUGGAGAGAACCACACAAACCUCACUGCCCAAAAUGGUGCCAGGAAGCUACUAACACUCAAGAAUUUUGUGGUGUGUGGGCUGGGGCCUGUCUGCCCAGAGCUGUGAGCAGAGCUGGUGAAAGAGUGCCCCGCAAGGGACCGCACUUCAGUUCAUGAAAGCCAGACGCUUGGGGUCAGAGAUAGCUGGAACCUGCAUUUGUAACCAGCUCCUCAGUUGUCUCCCUCCCAGUCCAGCCAGAUUGAGGGGCUCUUGGGGUGGGAUCUAAGUGGCCCUCCCCACUUAGCAUCAGCUCUGAUUCUUAUCCUCAUAUAUUCUGCUCUGUUGUCUCCCCCUAUCCCCAGCCUGCCCCCACCAGACAGGCCUGAGGAUGCAGGCAAUGGUUGAUCAGCCCGUAUCCAUCCAUGCUUGUCACCUCAGAGGGGGGCUGGAGGCUGUGAAAAUGCUGUUGCCAUAGCAACCACAUCCAGCCAGUGGGGACCAUGGGCAGGGAGCCAGAGUACCAGGGGUGCAAGGAUGGAAACUGACUUCUGAGGACUACAGGUACUGCUUGGACAUGAGGGGGGGAGUUGGGGGCUGGUUGGGGCCUUUCCAGAGGCAUCUUGUUUAUCCUUCUGUCUCCAGGAAGAACUGAACCCCAUCAACCUGUCUACUCACAGCAAACCCUGUAGGAGAAGGGGAUGCAGAAAUGAAAUGUAACACUGUAUAUAAAUAAUGAAUCAAAGUGACUAGCAUGGAUUCUGCACUUUGUGGGCCUAGCUUGGUGCCACACCCUCUAGAAGUUUUACAGGACUUGGGGGCGGGGUGGUACAUAUGGUAGAGUACACACGUUACCAUGUGCGAGGACCUGGGUUCAAGCCCUCAGUCUUCACUUCUUUUCUCUCCCUUUCUAGUUCUCUUUGUCUCUAUCAGAAAAAAAGUGACACUAUUCUGUGGUCAUUGUAUAUGUAUAACCCUAGUGGCAACAAUAAAGUCUCAGUAUCAAAUUAAAAAAUUUUUACAGGACUUGGUGAAUGUAUCAUAGGUAUCCUAUGAAACUGACACUAAUUUCACCCCUCCUUUUUUUUUUACAGCUAAGAAAGAGCUCAAGAAGGGGGAGCCUCAGAAUCCAGCCUGGUUCUGAUCAGCACCUCACCUUGUCAGUCACUGGGGGGUUGUCAAGGGGGAGGAAUGGGGGGUGCCCCACACCCUGUGUCUUGGAAUGACCCUCAGGAGACCCAGACAGCACAGCUGGCCAGGGUCAGGGCACAGGCUGAUCUUAGAAACAGCCAAGUUCUGUUCUCUGGGGGCUGUGAACUGGCUUCCAGCCCAGGACAAACCCAUGUGCCCCAGCUCCACCCUCCCCCAGCUCUGAAAGGGCUCUUUGAAAUCAGAACCAGUGCCCCCUGCCCCCUGAGGUGCAUAUUCUCUUCUGGACAGCCUAAUUCCUGGUCCUCCCCCCACCCCCAUCUGGGACGGGAUGGGGGACCCAGGGUGAAAUUACUAUAUUUCCUGGGGCCUCACUUUCUUCAUCUGUGAAAUGAUGUUGGGGGAUGUGGGCAGUCUAUGGACAGCAAACUGGUGUCACCCUGUCUGUGCCAGUCCUUAUCUGUUCCCCACCCCCACUCCCAAGUCCUGUUUCCCUCUCUGUGACUAGCCAUCUGUCCAGGUGCCCCCACACUACUUGACCUUACCCACAGCCCUUGAAUCCAGCUGCCCCCACCCAACACACACACACACACACACACACAACAAUCCUCACUAGCCUCUGCCCUCUCUCCCCUGGUCAAUGCUGACAGUCUACCCCAUGCUCUUUGUACAGCCACCUGGGCCCUGCACACCUGUCUUUCACACAGAAAUUAGAGGGACUUUUGCAAAAUGCACUGUGACAUCCAUCCCAAGUGAUACUGUCCUGAGGAAUAACCCCUAGCCGGACCCUCCCCUGACAAACAUGCACUGUGCACCCACAGCCCCUGAGCAGCACUCUGGCCUCACCUUCUCCCAGGCUGCACACUCUGUGAGUGGACAUUGGUGUCCUCUUAGUCCUUCAGGCUUUCCCAGCUCUUUCCUCAGAAGGAAACGGGUUCAGUGUCUCCUUGAAGAGACUAUGGAUGGGGAGAAAAACAAGGAAGCUAGGGAGAAGCAGGGCAGAGGGGAAAGGAAGCCCAGACACAGCUUCAGGUCUCACUCCAUCCCCUGAGCCAGACUGUUGGGAGCUCAGGACUGGAUGCAGGGGUCUCUUCAGAACCAUAGUCCACUAAGUAGGAUCCAGUGGCCUCAGGCCAUUCUGGGAAGGUUGAUGCAGGCACCAUCAAGAAGAUAACGUUCUGCAUUGAGAGCACAGUGUGCAGAAACUCUCAUAGCUAAAGAAUAUAUUUCUUAAACCAGUUCAGAAUUUAGCAAAGGACUGGAAAAGGCUCCCCCAAUUUAAAUAAACAACAACAACAACAAAAGGUACACAGAUACCAACGAGUACAUAAAAGAGGCUUGACAUCACUAGUUAUCAAGAGAAAACAAAUUGAAAUAAAUAAGAUGUCACUUCACAUCCACUAGGAUGACUGGAAUUAAAAAGUCAAAUAAAAGGGAGGAAGGGAGGGGUGUGUGUUCACUGGGUAGGGUGGCUUCUUUGCUAUGAAUGAGACCCAGGUUCAAACCCCAGCAUCACAUGGAAGGUGCUAUGAAACUGAGGGAAGAUCUGGGACUGUGGUAUCUUCCCUCCUGCCCUUUCCUCUCUCUGACUUUAGAUAUAAAUGGAAAAAGUAAGACUAGAAGUAGUGAUAUCACGCAUGAGAAAUGUCCUUGCUUCACAAAAAAAAAAAGCCAAA